AAGAAGAUCUAUAAUGUUUCUUAUGAUAGAUAUUUUGGUUUUGGAUGUGAGAUUGAUGAGGAGACCUCAAAUAAGCUAGAAGGAUGGUAUCAAGUGGUUUUAGAUUUACGAUGAAAUUGUUGUUUGGUAAAUAUUUUUGCUGAUUGUACCUUAAAAAAAUAUUUGCCUGAUUUUAUCCUUCUCUCUACAGGUCUUCUUGGUGUCCUAUUUUUGCUGAGAACAAGGACUAUGGAGGUUAAGGUUGCUCUGAGAGAUCUUAUGCUCUCAGAUUAUGCCAAGAAGAAUAAUGUAAACACCUCGGCAUUGACACAGUCUGAAAUUCAUGAUAUAAUACUGGGGGUUGAGAUAACUCCACCUUCACAACAGAGGCAACAGAUUGCGGAGAUUGAGAAGCAGGCGAAAGAAGCAAGCCAACUUAUAGCAGUCAAAACAAGGACAACAAUUGUGCACGGCGAUGAACUCAUUGUCACCACAACCAGGCCCUAUGAGCAAGCAGCAUUUGGUUCUAAAACUAAUUGGCGUGUGAGAGCAAUCUGAGCAACGAAUCUAUAUCUUAGAGUCAAUCAUAUUUAUGUGAACACCGAGGACAUUAAGGAGACAGGCUACACAUACUUCAUGCCCAAGAACAUUUUGAAGAAGUUUGUUUGCAUAGCAAAUCUUCGGACUCAAAUUGCAAGAUAUUUGUAUGGCAUAAGCCCCCCAGAUAACCCUCAAGUGAAGGAAAUCCGUUGUAUUAGUUAUCAAUUAACAUUAAUAUUUUUUAGCUAACUCAUCAAAUUGAAGAUGUGUAUUGUAAUAAAUAUUAUAUUUUUUUUAUUGUCCAGUAAUAUAAAUUUUGUUUAAUAUUCA